GCCAAUAAUAAAUGUGAUAUUUCAAUAAUUUUAGUGGAUUCAACCGUUAAAAAGAAGAGAUUUCCUUCCACAAUUAAAUGAAUUGUUAAAAUUAGAUAAUGAUAAAAAUUGGAGGUUUAGAUUAACUUUAGCUGAGCAAUUAAUAUCCCUUACAAAUUUGUACAGUCCCAUUGAUGUCAAAGAAUAUCUAAUUCCUAUUACCUUAAUUCUAGUCAGAGAUAAAGUGUGUGCAGUUCGAAGAGUUGCAAUAAGAGCAAUAGCUGUAAUGCUAAAGCGAUUACAGCAGAGCUCUAAUGCAGAACUACAGCGAAAUUUAUUAAUAGAACUUGAAAAGAAAUUCAAGUGUGGAUCAAAAUGGGUAUUGAGACAGACAUAUGCUUUACUCUGUCAGCAUAUUGCUCAGGAAAAUUCCCUUCCCAAAGACCAGUACAUUCAAGAAAUUGUGCCUCACUUAUUUACACUCAGUUGGGAUAGCGUUCCCAAUGUUAGAUUAGCAAUUGCCAGAUGUUUAACCGAAACUUUACUUCCAUUAGAUUAUUUUCCCGAGAUUCAGGUAGCACAUUAUGAACUAUUAAGUCAAGUCAUGUAUUCUCUUCAAAAGGACAGAGAUAGAGAUGUUAGAUACUUUGCCUGCCAGUCUUCUGAAUUAUUUAAUGCAACAUUGGAAGAGCUCUCUUCAGUUUGAUAGAUCCUCCGGGAAACCAACAACAAUUUCGUAUCAAUUCGACUGCCAUUGCAGAGUUUGGAGACAGACUAUACUCACUAUUUAUCACACAAGAAUAUAAUUCUGCAGUUUUUUUUAUUAUUAUAAUUUGCCAUCCAAUGGGUAUAUUUGCACAUCGAACUUAAGAUGUGGUUAUUGCUCAUAAAGGAGCUGUGAUAUGUUUUCAACAGAAAAAACUUUUGAUUAUUGUCAAUAUACGUUGUAUAAAUAUUAGAAUAUUAAUAGUUAAUUACCAUUUAAAAGUGGUAUUGUUAUCGAAAAUAUUUAGUAUUUUGUUUUAGUUAUUAAGCUAAGAAUUUUGCUCCAUAAUAAUGGAAUCUUCUUUAUCAUACAAAGUUUAUUCUGUAUAUAAUUUGUAUUACCAGUCAGGUGCCAUUUUACAAAUUGGAUACAUAAUUUUAUGCCAAUUUUUUUUAAUUAAUUUGGUUUGACCAAAAUUAUUAUAUAUUAUAUACACACACACGAAAAAAAAUGCCAUUUACAAAAUGGCACUCUAAUUAUUCAAUGGCAUUUUAAAUUGUUUGGUAUUUUAGUAAGUAGGUAAUUUUGUUGAAUGGUUCUGAUGAACUUUAAAAGUAGGGUUUAGUGUUUUUGUUAUUAAUGUGCAAUAUGAGAAUUAUAAAUGAGACAUUUAUUAAAAUGCAAAGAAAGGAAAAUGUGAUUUAGUUGUAAAAGAAGGAAAUGUUUAUAAGAACAGAGCUUCUUUAGUUGUUAUAAGUAUUGUUGUUCCAUCAGAUUAUUAUUCUUCCUAAAUUGGAAAUAAAUUUUGUUGUUGUUCUCAAAGAAUUUAGUUAAGUAAUAGGAUACUAUUUGCGGCUUAUUUGUAAGGAUAAUAAGAUGUGUGUUAGCACAUUAAAAAUUAGUCAAUUUGGAAUUUCAUAAAUUCCAAAAGUGAUAUUUAAAAAACCAAAAUAUUUUUAGUGUGAUUUAGCAUUUUAAAAUUACUAAUUUUGUUUCUAAAGUAAGUUCCGUUCUGUUUGUAUUGCACCUACUUUAAAGUCAUUGUUACGUUGAUUGCUUAAAGAGUAUUGUACGUUGUGUUUAAGAGAUGGAAUAUAUCGAACGUCGAUCAAAAUGGAAUUGAAUAGUUAUAGUGAAUGUUAUCAAAUUUUAUACAGAGUUAUAGAAGAAAUUGUAUAGUCAGAAUUUGACACUCAGUAAAUAAAUUUGAUUUUUGCAAAAAUGA